GCAUCACCAUUAUUUUCUUUGCAAAAGAGGGUGAAAGCUGUCACCUCAUGCCAAUGAAGGAAAGCUUGCUUCCACCAGUGACUGUUCAUUUCCAGCAAGGUUUGGGCCAGAAGUUUAGACAACCCUCUGGAACCGGGAUAAACUUUUCACUGUUUGAAAAGGAAUUAUUGAAAGUGGGUGACAUGGACGUGUAUCCUCUGGCAGUGAAGGCAGAGGCAUCCCCGGAUAAUCAAAAUGGAUCAGGAGAGGGAAACUCAAAGUCUGCAGCCUCAAACGCCCAGAUAACUCAGGCAGUGUUUGGAAAGGAUAAAGGUGAAUACCGGGUGAGAGUGGUGAAGCAGAUCUUAUGGGUGAAUGGUAAAAGGUAUGAGCUGCAAGAGAUUUAUGGGAUUGGGAACUCCAUUGAUGGUGACUUUGACGGGAGUGAUCCGGGAAAAGAAUGUGUUAUCUGCCUAUCAGAACCACGGGACACAACUGUCCUUCCUUGUCGGCACAUGUGUAUGUGCAGUGGGUGUGCAAAAGUUUUGAGGUUCCAAACCGACCGGUGCCCGAUUUGUAGGCAGCCAGUGGAGAGGCUUCUGGAGAUCAAGAUCAGUAAUGGAACUGACAAUUGAGGAGAAGAUUCAUUGCUGCAAAUCACUGUUGUCUAAAGUUCUUAUUUUCAUUCUUUCCUUUUCUCCUUGCUCCUCCCGCAACCCCAAAACUCCUUUUCUCCCCGAAACAUUUCGUAGUUUUCAAAAAUCAGGCAGGAGUAUGCAGUAUGCCUUGGAUAUAAUGUUAUCUUAGUCCAUUGCACCCGAAAGCUGUAAGCCAAUGCCUUUCUAUUGUCGUGCCAAGUUUGCCAUCUCUUCUUCAAACAAUGAUUAUUUGGUAUAUGAUAUAUUGUAUGUUUGGAU